AUGAAGGUGGAGGUGGUGGAGACGACGCUGGUGCCGCCGAGCGAGGCGACGCCGCGGCACGCGCUGUGGCUGUCCAACCUGGACCUGGCGGUGCCCAAGACCCACACGCCGCUCGUCUACUACUACCCGAGGCCGCCCGACGCGCCCGCCGGUGCCGGGGAGGAGGGAGAGGGGGAAGGGUCGUUCUUCGACCCGGCGCGCCUGCGGGAGGCGCUCGCCAGGGCGCUGGUGGCGUUCUACCCGCUGGCGGGGCGGCUCGUGGUCGGCCAGGGCGGCCGGAUCGAGAUCGACUGCACGGGCGAGGGCGCGCUGUUCGUCGUCGCGCGGGCCGACUUCACCGGCGACGAGAUGUUCAGGGACUUCGAGCCGUCCCCCGAGGCGCGCCGCCUGCUCGUGCCCUUCGCCGCCUCCGGCGAUCCGCCCUGCGUGCUCGCCAUGGUCCAGGUCACCUUCCUCAAGUGCGGCGGCGUGGCCGUGGGCACGGGCAUGCACCACGUCACGAUGGACGGCGCGGGCGCGAUCCAGUUCAUCCGGACGUGGACAGCGCUGGCGCGCGGGGAGUCCCCCUCGUGGACGCCGUUCCACGACCGGACCCUGCUGCGCGCGCGCUCCCCGCCGCACGUGCCCUUCGAGCACCCGGUCUACUCCCCAGCGUACCUCAACGGGUCCCCGCGUCCCUUCGUGACGCGCGUCUACACCGUCCCGCCCAAGCUCCUGGCCGACAUCCGGUCGCGGUGCGCGCCGGGGGCGUCCACGUACUGCGCGGUGACGGCGCACCUGUGGCGCGCCAUGUGCGUGGCCCGUGCCCUCCCGGCCAACGGCGAGACGCGGCUCCGCGUGCCCGCCAACAUCCGGCAGCGCCUCCGGCCGCCGCUCCCCGCCACCUACUUCGGCAACGCCAUCGUGCGGGACCUGGUGACCGUGAAGGUGGGCGACGUGCUGUCGCAGCCGCUGGGGUUCGUGGCGGACCGGAUCAAGCGCGCCGUGUCCCGCGUCGACGACGCCUUCGUGCGCUCCGUCGUCGACUACCUGGAGCUGGAGUCCGAGAAGGGCAACCAGGCGGCGCGCGGGCAGUUCAUGCCGGAGUCCGACCUCUGGGUCGUCAGCUGGCUCGGCAUGCCCAUCCACGACGCCGACUUCGGCUGGGGCCGCCCCCGGUUCGUGGCGCCCGCGCAGAUGUUCGGCAGCGGCACGGCCUACGUCACGCAGGGCUACGACAAGGACGACCCCAUCAACGUGCUCUUCGCGCUCGAGCCUGAGUACUUGCAGACCUUCGAGAAGGCCUUCUACGGGGAGUGA